GAUGGUAUAAAACGUAGCGUUUUAGACACCGAGCUGAGUGAGAAGGGGAGGGAGAGAGAGAAAGGGUGGGAGCUGAUGGAAUAUGUCGGCCAUUUUUGGAUUUAUCUUCAAGAUACAUCAACGUGGCGGCCGUGCCCGGACGACAGACUAGCAGCCAAGAUUAUUUAGUUUCUAAAGCAACCACAACAGCAGCAGAUUAGAAGGGUUUUGAUUAAUAUUAGGUAGCUUCUAACUUUUCUCGGGAUGGAAGGAGAGUAUUGUUGUUCUUCAUCUUCUUCGUCUUCAACAACCACAACAACAAGCAUAGAGAAGCGCAAGCAGAGGCAAAACCAGCAGCAACAGCAACAAGUAGGAGGCAACCAUGAUCAUCGUCAUCAAGAAAAGCAAUACAGAGGGAUACGGAUGAGGAAGUGGGGGAAGUGGGUGGCUGAGAUUAGAGAACCCAACAAGAGGUCUCGAAUCUGGCUUGGUUCUUACACGACGCCGGUUGCCGCCGCCCGAGCAUACGACACCGCCGUUUUCUACCUCAGAGGCCCUUCUGCGCGCCUCAACUUCCCGGAACUUGUGUUCCAAGAAGACGGCCAGCAGCUACAUGACAUGUCGGCGGCUUCGAUACGAAAGAAGGCUACGGAGGUUGGGGCCAAGGUCGACGCCGUCGAAACUGCUCACCGCUCACCAAUAUCGCAGUCGAAAACGACGUCGAGCCUGGUGAAUUCCCAGAAGCCUGAUUUAAAUAAGUAUCCCGACCCAGAAAACUCUGAUGAAAAUUAAUUGAAAAAAAAGAGGUCUUUAGAGAGAUAUGAGGCUGAUCGAUCACCAACUGUUUAUAUUAUUUUCUUAAUUUCUGGCUCUCUUUUUUUUUCUUUUUUCUUUUGAGUUCUUAUAUUUAUAUAUUUAUAUUCAUGAUCUUAGUUGAUCAUCACUAAGCUAGUCUACGUGUGAAAUAAGUGAAAAUAUAGAGAAAAUAGAGAGACGAGAAAGGUAUUAUUGGGUCUGUUCAGAGAACAGAAUCAAAAGGGUUCUGUUUGAUUGGUAUAGUUUCUCUUUCUCUUAAAUUGUAACAUCAACAACAAACCAGCUCAAGAGCAAAAGUUCUUAGUUACUGGUCAUCAAGGAUGACAAGGAGUUCAAAUUCAUUUCAGUAUUUGCUUUCUUGAA